AUGAAUGCUACACCUGCACCAGGACCUGACAGUCAAGGACGCAAUUUAAUUCAAUUUGGUAAUAUGAUUGGAAAAAUAUUAGGUGCAUCGGCCCUUAGCUAUAAUGGUUAUGGCUGUUGGUGUGGAUUCGGUGGCAAAGGUGAACCCGUUGAUGGUACAGAUGCCUGUUGCAAAGCUCAUGAUCACUGUUACGACGAAAUAAUUAAUAAUCGAUCAAGUUUUUUCUCAUGUUCACCUUAUAUCAGUGUUUACAGUUGGGAUUUAGAUCCUAUAACUCUUCUUCCAUAUUGCAAGAAUACACCAGGUUCAUGCACACAUAGCGUUUGUGAAUGUGAUCGUAUUGUAACUGAAUGUUAUAAACAAAAUGCUCAUACCUUCGAUAAAUCUUUGAAAUGUCCGAAAUAA